AUGUCGCCUGCCAAGGACAUGGAAGUGGCCCCCACGCGACCAGUCUACAAAGUGUAUAAACGGCGGUUCUGGGGACUGGCCCAACUGGUCCUACUCAAUAUCGUCGUGAGCUGGGAUUGGUUAACCUUCUCCUCCAUCUCCACCACGGCCGCCGAAUACUUCAAUGUCUCUGAGAGCGCUAUUAAUUGGAUGAGCACGGGUUACCUCUUUGCCUUUUGCGCCGCCAGUCCUUUCGUCAUUUGGGUCCUCAACAAAGGCGGCCCCAAACCAGCCAUCGUCACUACCGCGGGGUUACUACUUGUCGGCAAUUGGCUGCGAUAUGCGGGCACCAAGGCCAACGGAGGUAUCUUCGGCCUUGCCAUGUUCGGCCAAAUCAUCAUCGGCCUGGCGCAACCAUUCUGCUUGUGCGCACCCACGCGCUACAGUGACCUAUGGUUCUCCGAUAAAGGACGCACCAGCGCCACGGCACUCGCUAGUUUGGCGAACCCGCUAGGCGCGGCAAUCGGGCAAUUAGUGGACUCCGAAUGGGCGACGAAGCCAUCUGAUAUUCCCAAUAUGGUCUUAUACAUCUCCGUCAUACGCCUCAUCCACCAUCCCCCGCACCCCCCCAUCCCCGCAACACGCCAACUCCUCGGCACUCUCGAAUUCUGGCUCAUCCUCGCCCCCUUCGCCGUCUACGUCGGCUUCUUCAACAGCGUCUCCUCCCUCCUAAACCAAAUCCUCAGUCCGUACGGCUUCUCCGAGACAGACGCUGGCAUCGCAGGCGCCGUCCUCAUCGUCGUCGGCCUCGUCUCAGCCGCAAUCAUGUCCCCCAUCACAGACCGCUGGAAGCACUACCUCGGCUCGAUCCGAGUCCUCGUCCCCAUCAUCGUGGCCUCGUAUAUCGGGCUGAUUUUCGCGCCGUCCAGUUCGGCCGGUAUCGCGCCGAUGUACGUUGUUAUGGCGCUGAUGGGGGCAUCGUCGUUUGCGAUGUUGCCGAUUGUGUUGGAGUAUUUGGUUGAGAUUACGUAUCCGUUUUCGCCGGAGAUUGGGAGUACCAUCUGCUGGACAGGUGGGCAGUUACUCGGGGCUUGUUUUAUUUUGAUUCAGGAUGCGCUGAAGGAUGGGGACGAUGCGAGUCCGCCGGCUAAUAUGCGGAGAGCGUUGAUUUUCUCGUGUGUGCUGUGCGCUGCGGUCGCGCCGUUGCCUGUGUCUAUUGGGUUGUUUGGCAGGAUUGUCAAGCGGAGGAGGUGGGAUGUUGAUCGUGGUGUUGAGCUGGAUGUGUCUGAGGUGAGUGCCCAGGGUACUGGUGCUGUAUCGGAUGGGGUGGAGCAUACUCACUCGGGUAGUGUGCUGGAAGACUCGACUUGCAAGAAGGUCUGA